AUGUGUGACCAGCAGCAGAUUCAGUAUUGCCUGCCAGUCCCCCAGUGCUGUGUGAAGGGUUCCUCCUUUAGCCCUUCCCCAUACCUCUGUCCCCAGGGCCAGGUGGUGGUUCAAGCCCCUUCUGGAAUGCAAAUCGUGGAGUGCCCUGCACCGUGCCCUGCACCAUGCCCAGUUCAAGUUUCCCAGGUGAAGUGCCAGGCUCCAUGCCAGUCUAAGACCACCAAGGUGAAGUGCCAGGCUCCAUGUCAGCCCCAGACCACGGAGGUAAAGUGCCAGGCUCCCUGUCAGCCUGAGGUUUGCUAUGUGCAGUGUGGAGCCUCAGGCCCUGUUCAGACCUGCUAUAUGGAUUGUUCUCCAGUUUGUUACACAGAAACUCGCUAUGUGGAAUGCCCGGUCCAAACCUUUGUACCCUAUCCAGCUCCCCAGCCUGUCCAGACUUAUGUAGCGUGUCCCCCAGCAUGCCAUACUCAGGGAAGAUUCUCCGCCCAGGGAGGAUUCUCCACCCAGGGAGGAUUCUCCACCCGAGGCCAGUAUCAAGGCUCUGUCAGCAACUGUGCUCCUCAGCGUCAGUCUCGGGCUUCCUGUCGCACUUACGCACCCCAAUGCCAGACCCAGGGCUCUCCUGGGAGCUUCCCUGUGCAGCGGCGCUGUCGAAGCACCAGCAGAUGUCUCCCUCCUCGCCAGCUGCAGCCUUCUUACCGCAGCUGUUCACCACCACGGCGUUUUGAAUCCUACCACCACAGCUGCAUGCCAUCAGGAUGCGCUUCGGGUUCCUAUAACUAUUGCACCCCACCCCGCCGAUCUGAGCCCAUCUAUAAUAGUGGAUGUCCUCGGGGUCCCACUUCAAGUAGCUCUCAGAGAUGUGGACCCAAGUACCGAGUAGAGAUUUCCUCUCCUUGCUGCCCCAAGCAGGUCCCUCCCCAGAGGUGUCCUGUUCAGAUUCCUCCCAUCAGACGCUGCACUGAGAGUUGUGCUCCAAGACCCUCCUGGGGUGCCUCCUGCCCAGACCUGAGACCACAUGCAGAACCACGUCCACUCCCAAGCUUCUGUCCACCCAGGAGUUUUGACCAAUGUCCAGAGCCAUCACUGCCACGACGUCCACUUCCUGCACCACGUCCAUACCCACGCCCAGAAAGAUGGGCAAGUCCAGAACGAUGUGCAAGUCCAGAGCGCCACCCAUGUUCACCACGGCGACUUUCAGAACCCUGUCUGUUUCCGGAACCAAGUCCAGCGCCAUGUCCAGCCCCACGUCCAGCCCCACGUUCAGCCCCACGGCCUCACCCAGAGCCACGUCCACAGCCCUGUGAGCACCCAGAACCUUGUCGAGAGCCAAUUCCUCUUCCAGCACCCUGCCCAAGCCCAGAGCCAUAUGUGCAGCCUCGGAGCUGUCUCAGCCCAAGCUUAGGCCCAAAUUCAAUGCCAUGUUCAGGAUAUCUAGGCUGUCUUGAGUCCCACCCAGGCCGCCUGGACACCGAGGGACCCAGCUGCGGCCCAGCUGGUUAUAACCAGUGUGGAGAGAGUGGUGCCAGCUAUGGACCUUGUGAUGUGUUUCCAGAGCCUCGGGGUCUGUGUGGUUAUGGAGACCAAAGUGGAGCCUCUAUUGGAGCAAAAGGUGGGGCCCCUGCUGGAGCUAAAGGUGGGGCCUCUGUUGGAUCAAAAGGUGCCUAUUUUUAA